GGUGCUCAGAGCAAAUGCGCGAUCAGAGGAGGAAUUGUGUCAUUGCUUCGAGGGAAUGAAUUAAACGUGCUUCCUCCUGUGUCUGAUUGACAGCCCCGCACAGCGAGGAGCGGUAUAAAGGAGCGGCUGCUGCCUGGAGGCCAGUGCUCGCCUGCAGAGCCGGCAGAGUCUCCCCAGAGCCAGAGACCUCAUCCUCCCUGGACGCGAUUCCCAGCUUGAAAUCAGCCAUCGUGACAGCUUUUUCACCUACCAGGGCAUCAGCGGCAGAGGGGCGGGAUGCUGUGGACGCUGCUCCUGCUGGCUCUGUGGGCCUCGUCCAGCACUCAAGCUGGUGACCAGGACGAGGACUCUACCUUCGACCUUUUCAGCGUCAGCAACAUAAACCGGAAGACCAUUGGGGCCAAGCAGUUCCGGGGGCCUGACCCCAGCGUGCCAGCCUACCGUUUCGUCCGGUUUGACUAUAUUCCACCGGUGAGUGCAGAUUAUCUCAGCAAGAUGGCCAAGAUCAUGCGGCAAAAAGAGGGCUUCUUCCUCAUGGCCACCCUGAAGCAGGACCGCAAGUCCAGGGGUACGCUCCUGGCUCUGGAGGGCCCCGGCCCCUCCCAGAGGCAGUUUGAGAUCGUCUCCAACGGCCCAGCGGACACCCUGGACCUCACCUACUGGAUAGAUGGCGCCCAGCACGUCAUCUCCCUGGAGGACGUGGGCCUUGCUGACUCCCAGUGGAAGAACAUCACCGUGCAGGUGACAGGCGAGACCUACAGCUUGUACGUGGGCUGUGACCUGAUCGACAGCUUCACUCUGGACGAGCCCUUCUAUGAGCAGCUGAAAACGGAAAAGAGCAGGAUGUACGUGGCCAAAGGAUCUGUUCGAGAGAGUCACUUCAGGGGUUUGCUGCAGAACGUCUACUUGGGUUUUGAAAAUUCUGUGGAAGAUAUUCUAAGCAAGAAAGGUUGUCAGCAAAACCAGGGAGCGGAAGCCAACGCCAUCAACGAAAACACAGACACGCUGCACCUGAGCCCCCAGAUCAACACGGAGUACGUGGGCCAGAGCUCGGAGAAGAGGCCCGAGGUGUGCGAGCGCUCCUGCGAGGAACUGGGCAGCAUGAUCAACGAGCUGUCGGGGCUGCAUGUCAUCGUGAACCAGCUGCACGAGAACCUGCGCAAAGUGUCGAAUGAUAACCAGUUUCUCUGGGAGCUCAUUGGCGGCCCUCCGAAGACGAGGAACAUGUCCGCUUGCUGGCAGGACGGCCGGUUCUUUUCGGAAAAUGAAACCUGGGUGGUGGACAGCUGCACCAAGUGUACCUGCAAGAAAUUUAAAACCGUUUGCCACCAAAUCACCUGCCCCCCAGCGACCUGCGCCAACCCGUCCUUCAUCGAAGGCGAAUGCUGUCCGUCCUGCUUCCACUCAGCAGAUGGUGAGGAGGGCUGGUCCCCGUGGGCAGAGUGGACCGAGUGUUCUGCCACCUGUGGGUCUGGCACCCAGCAGAGGGGCCGGUCGUGCGACGUCACCAGCAACACCUGCUUGGGGCCGUCCAUCCAGACGCGGGCGUGCAGCCUGGGCAAGUGCGACAACCGCAUCCGGCAGGACGGCGGCUGGAGCCACUGGUCGCCUUGGUCCUCCUGCUCCGUGACCUGUGGGGUCGGCAACAUCACGCGAAUCCGGCUCUGCAACUCGCCGGUCCCCCAGAUGGGGGGCAAGAGCUGCAAAGGGAGUGGCCGAGAGACAAAGGCCUGCCAGGGUCCCCCCUGCCCGAUUGAUGGGCGGUGGAGCCCCUGGUCCCCGUGGUCAGCCUGUACGGUCACCUGUGCUGGAGGGAUCCGGGAGCGGACGCGUGUCUGUAACAGCCCGGAGCCGCAGUACGGAGGGAAGGCCUGCGUGGGGGACAUCAAGGAGCAUCAGAUGUGCAACAAGAGGAGCUGCCCCGUAGACGGCUGCUUAUCCAACCCCUGCUUUCCGGGAGCUGAGUGCAGCAGCUUCCCCGAUGGGUCCUGGUCCUGCGGCUCCUGCCCAGUGGGCUUCCUGGGCAACGGCACACACUGCGAGGACCUGGACGAGUGUGCCGUGGUCACAGAUGUCUGCUUCUCCACGAGCAAGGCGCACCGCUGUGUCAACACCAACCCGGGGUUCCACUGCCUGCCGUGCCCCCCUCGCUACAAAGGCAGCCAGCCCUUUGGUGUCGGGCUGGAGGCGGCCAGGACCGAAAAGCAAGUGUGUGAGCCUGAAAACCCGUGCAAGGACAAGACGCAUAGCUGCCACAAGCACGCAGAGUGCAUCUACCUGGGCCACUUCAGCGACCCCAUGUACAAGUGCGAGUGCCAGACGGGCUACGCAGGCGACGGGCUCAUCUGUGGGGAGGACUCCGACCUGGAUGGCUGGCCCAACAAGAAUCUGGUCUGCGCCACCAACGCCACCUACCACUGCAUCAAGGACAACUGUCCCCUCCUGCCUAAUUCUGGGCAAGAAGAUUUUGACAAGGACGGCAUUGGCGAUGCCUGCGAUGAUGACGAUGACAAUGAUGGCGUCGAUGAUGAGAAGGACAACUGCCAGCUUCUCUUCAACCCCCGUCAGUUUGACUACGACAAAGAUGAGGUUGGGGAUCGCUGUGACAACUGCCCUUACGUGCACAACCCCGCUCAGAUCGACACGGACAACAACGGGGAGGGUGACGCCUGUUCCGUGGACAUCGACGGAGACGAUGUCUUCAACGAGAGAGACAAUUGUCCGUACGUCUACAACACUGACCAGAGAGACACCGACGGUGAUGGCGUGGGUGACCACUGUGACAACUGCCCCCUGGUGCACAACCCCGACCAGACCGAUGUGGACAAUGACCUCGUGGGAGACCAGUGUGACAACAAUGAAGACAUCGAUGAGGACGGCCACCAGAACAACCAGGACAACUGCCCUUACAUCUCCAACGCCAACCAGGCCGACCAUGACCACGAUGGCCAGGGUGACACCUGUGACUCGGAUGACGACAACGACGGGGUUCCUGACGACAGGGACAACUGCCGGCUCGUGUCAAACCCGGAGCAGGAGGACUCAGACGGUGAUGGGCGGGGCGAUGCUUGCAAGGAUGACUUUGACAAUGACAACAUCCCGGAUAUUGAUGACGUGUGUCCUGAAAACAGUGCCAUCAGUGAGACGGACUUCAGGAACUUCCAGAUGGUCCACUUGGACCCCAAGGGCACCACUCAGAUCGAUCCCAACUGGGUCAUUCGCCAUCAAGGAAAGGAGCUGGUGCAGACGGCUAACUCCGACCCUGGCAUCGCAGUCGGUUUUGACGAGUUUGGGUCUGUGGACUUCAGCGGCACGUUUUACGUCAACACUGACCGGGACGACGAUUACGCUGGCUUCGUCUUUGGCUACCAGUCCAGCAGCCGCUUCUAUGUGGUGAUGUGGAAGCAAGUCACUCAGACCUACUGGGAAGACCAGCCCACCCGCGCGUACGGCUACUCGGGCGUGUCCCUCAAGGUGGUCAACUCCACCACGGGGACAGGCGAGCACCUGAGGAACGCCCUGUGGCAUACUGGGAACACAGAGGGACAGGUUCGUACUUUAUGGCAUGACCCUAAAAAUAUUGGCUGGAAAGACUACACCGCCUACAGGUGGCACCUGACCCACAGACCUAAGACGGGUUAUAUAAGAGUCUUAGUGCAUGAAGGAAAACAGGUCAUGGCGGAUUCAGGACCCAUCUACGACCAAACUUACGCGGGCGGGCGGCUGGGUCUGUUUGUCUUCUCCCAAGAAAUGGUCUAUUUCUCAGACCUGAAAUACGAAUGCAGAGAUGUCUAAACCAGAUUUGCUGCAAUUCCAGCAACGUACUGUAGAUGCUGUUACCUACACACCUCAGCCCAUCCUGGUCCUUCCAGCUUCUCUCUCUUUAGCAGCACCUCCUGUCCUUGACCUUGACCUUGAGUGGUUCUUCACCUCUUGUCAUCGACCCCAAGCCCAAGUGCCUUCAGAGGACAAAUAUCGAUGGAACCCAAAGAUGAACAUCAAACCCACUACAGGAAAAACAGUUUGAUGAUAUACGAGACUUUAUGUGGAGUGGAAAUUGAGCAUGACAUGUCAUUGUUUUAUCUUGUUUGUUUAAAAAGAAUGACGUUUACAUAUAAAAUGUAAUUACUUAUUGUAUUUAUGUGUAUAUGGAGUUGAAAGGAAUAUUGUGUGUAAGCCAUUAUCAUAAAUUAAGCAGGAAAAAUAUUGCUACGCUAUUUUCAGUGCUGAAAGUUGUUCCUAUUCUUGGGUUAGAGCUGUUCUAUGGUAUUGCACGAAUUAGGUCAAUUAUAAAGAAGGGCCGACUCAAGUCUGAAGUCAGAACACAGUAAGGAGGAGGUCUGGAGAUAGUCGCAUGAUGCAGGACAUCAAUUCACUAGUUGGAACAUUAAAAAUAAUUAUGAGAAUAAACAAACACCCCUUCCCUCAUUCUCUUGUCCUGCAAUGAAAGCCCUCAUACCCAGCAGAAAUCCGGUUUCAUCCACGAAGGAAAAUUCCAGCAAAAUGGCUCUAACAUGAGUCCAGAUGUGGGGCUGGCAAAGCCUCCUCUGUGUGAAAGGUUAACGGAGCAAUGGGCUGGCCCUGGAGUUGGCCUCUUGUGCUGUUGUAGACUUGAGAAAACUCCUGGCCAGUUGUCGCUUGACUUUGCUUCUGAUCGCCAGAAUUUUUGCUCGAGCUUCUUUCCCAAUCUGUGCUCCUGGAUGGAGAAUGGACAAGCAGACAAACGCAUCAGCUGAUGAACUUUGCCAUCGAAUUCCUAUUCUAGGCUUUGAAGCUCUGGAAAAUUUGCUUCUACCUAAUUUGGUAACACAUUGCAUUAAGGUUCCAGUUAUAAAUGUUUUGCUAAUAUUUAUUAAAUGGAUACAGAAUGCAGUUCCAUUCACCAAUAACUUAUUUUAAAUAUGCCAAGUAACACAUAUGUAGCAUAAUUUCUAGAAAUAAACAUAUAACUAAUCUAUAAUAUAAAGAUACAGUUGCAGCAAAAUAUCUUCCCAUUAAAAUACCAGGAUUUAUAAUAUGUUGUCAUGAUAAAGCAUGCUAUAAAAUGUAAUAGAAUAAAUAAAUAAUAAUGAAGAGUUUAUAAUGGAACCUUAAUAUAUACUGUUGCCAGUGACUUUAAUUCAAUAUUUUUUACUAUUAUCUAUCUGCUGUACAUAGAAUUUUAAAAACUUUUAAUGCUAAGGAAAAAUCAGUUUUAAGUUUUGCCAGACACACCCAUUAACCAGUCAUAGUGAUAUAUGCAAGUUUGAUUUAUUUUUGCUUAAAUCGCAUGAUUUUUGUGCAGGAAAUGUUAGUUAUUCUCACUCCACAUAAGGGGUUUAAUAAGAGAAGUUUGUCUUUUCUGUCUGAUUUGGGGCAAAUCUUCCUCCUCUUUCUAUUCAUAACGAUCUCAUUUCUACAUCAAAUACAGGGGACCCAUCACUUUUGUCUCUCUUUACACGUUUCAUUUUGAUAAAGUUACGUUUCUUGCUUCUUUUGAGGUUGACUUUCUUUUUGUUUUGCUGCACUAUUUUUGCAUUUUUUGUGGAACUGUAUUCCCAAGACAGCAAAGGUUGGGAGCCUUCAUUAAAUGUAGCGAUUGUGAAGAGGUGUAGGUUUUCUGUGUUGGUGGUAUUUGGCCAAACCAUACAGUGGUGUGGGAUGCUGAUGUGAAUAUUUAGAAUGUACCAUAUUUUUUUUUGUAAAUUAUUUAUGUUUUUUUUUUAAACAAACUUCUCGUACAGGUGGAUGAAAGUUCAUUUGUUUUGCCAAAGACUGUAAAUAUUUAUUUAUUUGUUCACAUGGUCAGAAUUUCACCACUGAAACCCUACAUUUAGAUAGAGCCUCAUUUUUAUACUUUCAAGAUUAAUAAGAGGAAAUAAAUUGUAAAAAGGUUUUUA